AUAUUUCCUUUAUGUCAUACGCCCACGACUAUAUGCGUAGAUUACGAAUAGGAAAUUCGAAAAUCGCAUGAGUUCAGCAUCCGGUUUCCUAUUUAAUACGAUAGGAUGCAGCAGAUCAUAGUUGCAGACCAGAGAGAGAUAGAGAGAGCUAGCAUGGCUGGUCUGCAAAGGUCUGCAAUAUCCUUUAGGAAACAAGGUUCCUCAGGGUUGGUAUGGCUAAACCAAGCAAAGCCGAGAGAUCGACAAGAUGGAGAACAGCAAAAACCCGAAGGACCGAGGCUAGUGCAACAAGAAGAUGGUGCAAGGGAGAAACCCAGGGUCUCAAGCCAACCGCAAUCAAUGAAACAUAGUCGAUCCGAUAGUGAUCUUUAUCAUCACGGCGGUAAGGAUGUUAAAGUGAGCAUUGCUGCUUUGCCAAGGUCGACGAUAUCCUUUAGGAGACAGGGCUCAUCAGGAGUAGUAUGGGAUGAAAGCUUCUUUGCAGCAGAGCUGAACCAAGAAAAGCCGAAAGAGCAGCUGCAAGCUGCUUUGCCAAGGUCGACGAUAUCCUUCAGAAGACAAGGCUCAUCAGGGGUAGUAUGGGAUAAAAGCUUCUUCUCAGCAGAGCUGAACCAAGAAAAGCUGAAAGAGCAGCCGCGGCAAGCCGCUUUGCCAAGGUCGACGAUAUCCUUCAGAAGACAAGGCUCAUCAGGGGUAGUAUGGGAUGACAGUUCCUUCUCAGUGGAGCUCAGCCAAGAAAAGCCAAAAGAGCAGAAAGAUGGAGAAACGAAAUUUUUUGAAGUGUCAAGGCCACUGCAAAGGAAACCUAGUCAAUCCAAGCGAAUUAUUACGAGAUAUAGAUGUUGCAAGAUUGAGGAUGUGUUAAAUGACUCAAUUGUUCGGGUUCACUUAUGCGCACCUCGACUAAUUGCAGGGGACCGAUCCCACCGUCCUCCAGCGCUCACAAUAAAAGUUGGAACAAAGCCCCAUAAAGACUGGCACCAGAAGAAUUAACAGCGUUUGCAAAGUUUCGACCGGAGACCUUAAGAGAUUGUAAGCCCCUAAAUCCCAGUUUUGACGACCACCAAGACAACCCCGUUGGGAUUGAUGUUAAGAUGUUACUUCUUGAUCAAUCCGUUGUCUCCUAAGGUCUCAGGUUGCGACUUUUGUUGACAGCCGCGAACCAGUAGCAUUCAAAGAAACGCAAACAAGCCAAGUAUGAGUCAUGGUUUUAGUGCAUGUCGUUUUUAUGCCGUGUGAAACUUCUUGAGUUGAAUAAUGUUCGAGUCAGUAAAACGUAAGUUGUGUGAUGGGAUCAUAUUUCCUCAGUUUAUGUUGAUGGGACCAUGUUUCUUACUCUUAGAGGUGUUUCUGCCGGUGUGUUCUUGUGUAUGUUUAUUUCAUAUCAUGGAGUUCAAAACCAAGUUCAAUAGAAA